AUGAAGGGAGCAGUCUACACCCUCGCAGCUUUGCUUGCGAACCACGCGGUCGCACUUCCGCAAGCUGCUUCUCCGAAUCAGUGCAUCACCAGGACGAGGACGCAACUAGGCAUUGACACCUCGGUGACCAAUUAUGAGGAGUUCAUUUCAUCCCUGGAUGCGCGUUACUCUACCCCAGACGUUUCCUUCACCGGAACCGAAACCGUCAUCGUCCACACCUCCGUCCUGACCUACCCCGGUGGCAGCUUCACGGGAUACUACACGUAUGACGCGAACGCCCUGCGCUCGGCGGGAUACAACAUCAUCACUGUCACCGAGCCCUACGUGACCUGCCCGCCAACGACGACACCCACUCUGCCGCCAUCUCCCACUGCCUCUCUGUGCAGCCCGCACGGGGAUCACUGGCACUGCGAGCCCUACCCUUCAACAACCGGCACAGCGCCUCCGACCGAGUCCACAACCGGAACCUGCGAACCGCACGGAGACCACUGGCAUUGCCCGUCCGGCGUUCCCGAGCCUACCACACCCCCGCUCACCGAGACCGAGACGGCCACGGCCACUGCUACGGGGGUGUGUGAGCCCCAUGGUGACCACUGGCACUGUCCCUCGGGAGUUCUGGAGCCGACUACACCGCCGCCUCCCGCCGAGACUAGCACCGGGGGUCUUUCUGGCGGGGGACAUGGAGGAGAGUGUGAGCCGCAUGGCGACCAUUGGCAUUGCCCGUCUGGAGUUCCGGAGCCGACUACGCCCCCGCCGAUGACACUCACGUCUGGCGCUACUACUGCUACUGCUACUGGGUCUCGUAGUACGGGUGCAACGACUAGGAGCGGUUCGGCGACGGCUCCUGUGGUUACGGCUGGUGCGGAUGGGACACGGCCCGUGCAUUAUGGGGUACUGGGGUUGGCGUUGUUGCUGUUUGUUGUUGGGCUGGUGUAA